AUCAGACGACUAGUAAAACAAUAUCCCUAGAAUUCUCCCAUUUCUAUCUUGGAACUAGAAUAUACCGAGAUUUCAGAGUAUUUCGUAUUUCCAAAAGAGAUCUGUAGUCAAACAUGGAGAACCGUUCCAUCUCGAAGAAGAGGAAGUUUGUGGGAGACGGCGUAUUCAGGGCCGAGCUGAACGAGUUCCUGACGCGCGAGCUCGCCGAGGACGGCUACUCGGGCGUGGAGGUCCGCGUUACGCCGAACCGGACGGAAAUCAUUUUACUGGCCACCCACACGCAGAGCGUGCUCGGCGAGAAGGGCCGCAGGAUCAGGGAGCUCACGUCUGUGGUGCAGAAACGUUUCAACUUCAAAGACCAGAAUGUCGAGUUGUACGCCGAGAAGGUCGCCACGCGUGGUUUGUGCGCCAUCGCACAGGCAGAGUCCCUUAGGUACAAACUGAUCGGAGGUCUCGCUGUGCGAAGGGCGUGUUACGGAGUCCUGCGUUUCAUCAUGGAGUCAGGGGCCAAGGGCUGCGAGGUGGUCGUCAGCGGUAAACUACGUGGUCAGAGAGCGAAAUCCAUGAAAUUUGUUGACGGACUCAUGAUACAUUCGGGCGAACCGACCAAUGAAUACGUCAAUACCGCCACCCGGCACGUGCUUCUACGGCAAGGGGUGUUGGGAAUCAAGGUUAAAAUCAUGCUUCCGUGGGACCCGAACGGCAAGAGCGGCCCGAAGAAGCCUCUCCCGGAUUAUGUAUCCAUCGUGGAACCGAAGGAAGAGGUGGCCCCGUCCGUGCCGAUUUCCGAGGUGAAGCCGUCCAGAGACAUGCCUCAACCCGCUCCUCUCGCCGUGUAACUCAUUAUUUGAAAUACAUUUAAAAGAAAACACGAAA